AUGAAAUCUAUGGAAGAUAAUUCCUCCAUACAAGUUCAUUCUCCAAGAAAUACGUUUUCUGCGGCUGUAUUUUCGUCUGCAGUAAGCAAUAUUGUCGGAUUCCCGUUAGACUCUAUAAAAGUUCGCCAACAGACAUACCACUUUCCUACAAUACGAUCUUGUUUUCAGAAUGCUAUUCAACAUGAAGGUUGGCGUGGCCUGUAUAGAGGGUUUACACUUCCUCUAAUUUCAGCAACAAUGUCGCGUUCAAUUUCAUUUACUUUAUAUGACUCAUUUAAGCAUUCGCUCGAAAAUACAACGCCGUCUGUGCGUUACUUUUUGUCCGGUUUGGGUACGGGAUCUUUAAUUUCAAUGUUUGCAUGCCCCUUUGAAUAUUCCAAGCUAUAUUCCCAAAUACAUGCUCUUUUACGGAAACAAGAUGUACAGAAAAAUAUAAAUAAACCGUAUAAACCUUCACAGAGGCCGCUCUCUUCAUUCCGAAGUGCUAGUGAUAUUGUACGCCGGUACGGAUUUUUCUCUUUAUGGAACGGUUAUCGGUAUCAUUUGGCACGGGAUGCAUUUGGUUCUGCUUGCUACUUCACUAUUUAUGAGACCUUUAAAGGGUUUUUGAUUUCAAAUCACAUUACUCCUAGUUUUGCAUAUGCUUUUUCGGGCGCUUUUUGUGGUGCUUUAUCUUGGGUUUUGGUUUUUCCCAUUGACACUGCUAAAUCUAUUGUACAGAAGAAUACACUUCUUUCCGUGAAAACGCCUCUCUCUUCUAUUCCUUGGCUCUCGUUUUCUAUAUAUCGCGGAAUCGGUAUUUCGCUUAUGCGAAGCGCUUUAAUCAAUUCUUGCAAUUUUACUCUUUUCGAGGCAUUGCGUGAUGUCUCUUUCUUUCAAUAG